AUGGGGGGCGAUGAUGAUGAUCCCGAAAAGAAGAAGAAGAAGAAGGUGGCGGCGGCCGGGGAGCCCCCGGACGGAGGCUGGGGGUGGGUCGUCGUAGCGGCCGGAUUCGUGGUCAAUUUCAUUAUCGUUGGACAGUUGAGGUCGUACGGGAUACUGCUAGUGGAGCUGAUGGAGGUGCUAGGUACGAGCGCAGCACUGACCACCUGGGUCAACGGACUCGCAAACGGACUGUGUUUCCUGAUGUCUCCCGUCAUGCAGUGCGGCUCGUUGCAGGUACGGUCACAAAAAGGUCAUCGCGUCGGCGGCAUCGUCAGCGCCGUCGGCAUGACGGCUCAGUUACUUGGCGCUACGGCUGCUGUGGUUCUCUACAUCAGCGUAUGGCAAUGCAUUGCUCGCGUGGGAGCCGGACUGCUCUCAACCCAGUCAUCACACUUGCCAUUCUACUUCAAGAAGAAGCUAUCGCUGGGAAUGGGUGUCUCCUUUGCCGGCAGCGGCAUCGGCUUCUUCAGUUUCCCUUUCAUCUACGAGAAGCUGUUAGACACGUACGGAUAUCGGGGACUAUUUCUCGUCUGCGGAGCAAUCACGCUCAACAUCGUUCCCAUGGCCUUCCUGUUCCGGCCGAUCGCUCCGGCAGGCGCGGCGGCGCGGCGACCAGCGAUGCAGACGACACUCGGGACAGAAGAGAGAAUCAACGCAAACAGCAACGAACUUCAGACGCGCGAUGACGUCACGCAGCGCGCAGACGCCGCCGAGCCGCCGCCGCCGCCGCCGCGGAAACUGAAGUUCCACUGGGAGAUCUGCCAGGACGUGAGCUUCAUGGUGUUCAUCGUCGCCAUCAUGGCUCUCAUCUUCGGCUACCGCAACAACAUGACGAUGCUAGCCGUGAAGGCAGACGAACUGCAGCAGCAGACGACGACGACGCAAGAUGGCGGCGGUGCGUCGGCGGCAACGGUUCUCGCAACGCUGGCGCUGACGGAGACGAGCCUGCGCUUCGUCUGGGCGUUCUUCUGGGACCGCGGCGUCCUGCGCAACCACGUCGUGCGGCGCGUCAUGAUGGCCGCGUUCUCGUUCGUCGUCGGCGCCAUGUUGUUUGCGGUCGUCGCCAUAGAGACGAGCAUGGGGCUGCUCAUCUGGACAAUCUCGUACGGAGCCGUAGUCGGCGGUGCGAUGUCGCCGAUCCUCAUUGUCAUGGUGGAUCUGCUGGGGCCGGAGAAGUUCAGUGAUGGGUUGGGGAUCAUGAUGCUAGGGAGCUCCGUAGUGCAUAUGUUCAGUCCACUCCUCACCGGAGUUAUUGCUGGGCAUCCCCAGCCAAUCGGCGUUGACACAAGAACGUUCUAA